ACUGCAGCGGUGGGCGCUGCCCACGGAAAGUCCGUGAGGCAGUGACUGUCCCGUGACUGAGGGUGUGCAAGCGGAGGGAAGCCUGAGAGGGGCUUUUCUGCGUCGGCGGUGCUGACUUUGAUGGCCCCUAAGUCCUUAAAGUUCUGGGAUGCCGUCUUACCCAGAGCCGGUCGCACAGCACCUUGAGGCGCGCAUGCGCAAUUAGGCGACCUGCUCAAAGACUGCUCAAAGACUGCACCACCGCCCGAGGCGGCCGCGACUGCGCAGUCGGGCUCCGAUCCCGGCUUUCCCAUGAACCUUUGGGGCCGGCUCCGAGGCAAGCGACGGAAGCAGCCGCUCUUGGUUUCCGGCAAUACGACACCGGCUGUCUGGCGACCCGGAAGUGUUCCCAUUUUGCGUUGUCGGGGCUCGGCGGUAGCCGGGCUCGGGGUGCACACACCACCAUGGGGUCGUCAAAGAAGCACCGUGGGGAGAAGGAGGCGGCCGGGACCACGGCAGCGGCCGGCACCGGGGGCGCCACCGAACAGCCGCCUCGGCACCGGGAACACAAAAAACACAAGCACCGGAGCAGCGGCGGCGGCAGCAGCGGCGGCGAACGACGGAAGCGAAGCCGAGAGCGUGGGAGCGAACGCGGGAGCGGGCGACGCGGGGCCGAAGCUGAGGCCCGCAGCGGCGCGCACGGGCGGGAGCGCAACCAGACAGAGCCCUCCGAGCGGCGGGUGAAGCGGGAGAAGCGGGAGGACGGCUACGAGGCCGCUGCCAGCUCCAAAGCAAGCUCAGGUGAUGCCUCGUCACUCAGCAUUGAGGAGACCAAUAAACUCCGGGCAAAGUUGGGGCUGAAACCCUUGGAGGUCAAUGCCGUCAAGAAGGAGGCGGGCACCAAGGAGGAGCCCGUGACCGCCGAUGUCAUCAAUCCCAUGGCCUUGCGACAGCGAGAAGAGCUACGAGAGAAGCUGGCGGCUGCCAAAGAAAAGCGCCUCCUGAACCAAAAGCUGGGGAAGAUAAAGGCCCUGGGGGAGGAUGACCCCUGGCUGGAUGACACUGCAGCCUGGAUCGAGAGGACCCGGCAGCUUCAGAAGGAGAAGGACUUGGCAGAGAGGAGGGCCAAGCUGCUGGAGGAGAUGGACCAAGAGUUUGGUGUCAGCACCCUGGUGGAGGAGGAGUUCGGGCAGAGGCGGCAGGUCCUGUACAGUGCCCGGGACCUGCAGGGCCUCACCGUGGAGCAUGCCAUUGACGCCUUCCAAGAGGGGGAGACUGUCAUCCUCACCCUCAAGGACAAAGGAGUGCUGCAGGAGGAGGAGGAUGUGCUGGUGAACGUGAACCUGGUGGAUAAGGAGCGGGCAGAGAAGAACGUGGAGCUGCGCAAGAAGAAGCCUGACUACCUGCCGUACGCAGAGGAUGAGAGUGUGGAUGACUUGGCACAGCAAAAACCCCGCUCUAUCCUGUCCAAGUACGAUGAGGAGCUCGAGGGCGAGCGGCUGCAGUCCUUCCGUCUGGAGCAGGGCGGCGUGGCCGAUGGCCUCCGGGAACGGGAGCUGGAAGAGAUCCGGGCCAAGCUGCGGCUGCAGGCUCAGUCCUUGAGCGCAGCCGGGCCCCGGCUCGCCUCCGAGUACCUCACGCCCGAGGAGAUGGUGAGCUUUAAAAAGACCAAGCGGCGAGUGAAGAAGAUCCGCAAGAAGGAGAAGGAGGUGGUAAUACAGGCUGAUGACCUGCUGCCCCUUGGGGACCAGACUCAAGAUGAGGACUUCGGUUCCAGAUUGCGGGGCCGCGGUCGGCGCCGAGUGCCUCAGGCAGACGAGGAGGCCCAGGAGGAGGGGGAGAAGGAGCCUGUGUCUCAGCCCCUGCAGUCAGAUGACCCCCGCGUGGAGAACAUGGACAUCAGCGACGAGGAGGAGGGCAGAGCACCGUGGUCUGGGUCACCCGAGGUGCUGGAAGAGGAUGAGGCGGAGCUGGAGCUGCAGAAGCAGCUGGAGAAGGGGCGCCGCCUGCGGCAGCUACAACAGCUGCGGGACAGCGGUGAGAAGGUGGUGGAGAUCGUCAGGAGGCUGGAGUGUCGCCAGCGGGGCUGGGAGGAGGAGGAGGAUCCGGAGCGGAAGGGGGCCAUCGUGUUCAACGCCACAUCCGAGUUCUGCCGCACGCUGGGGGAGAUCCCCACCUACGGGCUGGCCGGCAACCGGGAGGAGCAGGAAGAGCUCAUGGACUUUGAACGGGAUGAGGAGCGAUCGGCCAACGGCGGCUCCGAAUCUGAUGGGGAGGAGAACAUUGGCUGGAGCACAGUCAACCUGGAUGAGGAGAAGCAGCAGCAAGAUUUCUCUGCUUCCUCCACCACCAUCCUGGACGAGGAGCCCAUCGUGAAUAGAGGGCUGGCAGCCGCCCUGCUCCUGUGUCAGAACAAAGGGCUGCUGGAAACAACGGUGCAGAAGGUGGCCCGGGUGAAGGCGCCCAACAAGUCCCUGCCGUCAGCCGUGUACUGCAUUGAGGACAAGAUGGCCAUCGAUGACAAGUACAGCCGGCGGGAGGAGUACCGAGGCUUCACCCAGGACUUCAAGGAGAAGGAUGGCUACAAGCCUGACGUCAAGAUAGAGUACGUGGACGAGACGGGCCGGAAACUCACUCCCAAGGAGGCUUUCCGGCAGCUGUCCCACCGCUUCCAUGGGAAGGGCUCGGGCAAGAUGAAGACGGAGCGACGGAUGAAGAAGCUGGACGAGGAGGCGCUCCUGAAGAAGAUGAGCUCCAGCGACACGCCCCUGGGCACCGUGGCUUUGCUCCAGGAGAAGCAGAAGGCCCAGAAGACACCGUACAUCGUGCUCAGCGGCAGUGGCAAGAGCAUGAACGCGAACACCAUUACCAAGUGAAGCCGACCUCCCUUCUGAUCCCCUCCCGACUUUAAUAUUAAAUAAAGUUCCCUCCUUAUUUUUUCCCCCCCUGGUCAUGGUGCAGAUUCCAGGGUUAGACCUGGGAGGAGGGCAGGUGGAGGAGCAUCAGUGACACUGCCCUCAGGCUCCAUCACCACCUUUGUGACCUCAGGCAAGUCACUGAACCUCUCUGGGCUUUAAUUCUGCCAUUUGUACCAUCAAGACACCUCUGCUUCACAGGAUGUCUUGUGACAAUUAAAUGAACUCAUUCGUUCAUUCACCUGCAGUGCGAAGGUGAGCAAGACCCCUCAGAGGUGGCUUAGAGUGAUGGCCUCUGCCAGGUGAGACCUGGUCGUAGGUGACACAAAUAACAACGGAGAUGCAGGGAGAAAGCUAGCCUGGAUCCUCUAAGGCGGUUCUCCAGCCCACCCUGGGCCCCAGCCAGCUAAAGAGAAGCCAGCUGGUUCAUUUUCUCGCCCCCUCCCCUGGCCUCCCCGGUGUGGUUGCAUGGGUCCUGGCCGUCUGUUGAAGGCCGUGCCUUAUCCUCUGCAGGGCUAGCUUUUGGGUAAGAAGUGGAAGGUGUUUUAGAGGCUCAGUCACCCUGGUCUCUCCCAGCCUCCAGAGCCACAAGUGGCACUGCCCUCCCCGGCCAGGACAGGCGGGGCAGGGACUGGGGGCAGCGCAGGGCGGAGGUGCUGCUCCGUGAUCCUGUACCGCCUUGGUGUGUGUGGAGCGAGAGGCUGAGAGCUCCUCGGAGCACCUCCUGGGAGCUGUGUCCAGUUAAGCAGGGAAGAACUCUGUGAGGGGCGAGCAAGAGCCUGAAUCAAGGGAAUGGUGACAGCUGGCUCCCAUGGGAGUCCGACCAAACCAGCGCCCACCCUGACGUACACCCGGAUGCAUUCCAGACGCUUCACGGAUUUUUUUUUUUUUAAUGAAACGAAGAAAAGAGUGGAUAACUUUAGGGUGAGAGAAAUGUAAGCAAGGGACAAAAAUACAGUUGCUUAGCACA